AGGUCGCACUGGUCUCUGAGCCUGUGGGCGGAGGGACGGUGAGGAGGUCGGGCGUGGCCUGGAGGGUACCGGACGACUUUGAAAGGCCGUUUGAAUAAAGUCGGCGGUAGUGGCCGGGCCCAUGUUUGUGCAAGAGGAGAAGAUCUUUGCGGGGAAUGUGGUGCGGCUCCACAUCUGCACCAUGGAGGGGGCCGAGUGGGUGGAGGAGGUGACCGAGGACACAGGGAUCGAGAAGCUCAAGGAGAGCUGCCUGAAACAAUGUGUACAGGGAGGAUUAGAAGAUCCAAAGACAGUCACACACCACAAGCUCAUUCAUGCUUCUUCAGAGAGGGUCCUGUCGGACACAAAGACUGUGGCUGAAGAAAACCUCCAGGAUAAAGAUGUUUUAUUGUUAAUUAAAAAGCGGGCCCCUGCUGCUCCUCCUAAAAUGGCUGAUGUUUCUGCUGAAGAAAAGAAAAAACAAGAGCAAAAGGCACCAGAUAAGGAGGCCAUCAUGAAGGUGACAGCUCAACUUGCUGCACGACAGGCUGAUCGCAUGGUCACUCAGCACAACCUGCGAGAUUUUCAGACAGAACUCAGGAAAAUCCUUGUUUCGCUAAUAGAAGUGGCACAGAAGCUGCUAGCGCUAAAUCCAGAUGCUGUUGAACUAUUUAAGAAGGCAAAUGCCAUGCUGGAUGAGGAUGAGGAGGAACGGGUGGAUGAGGCAGCUCUACGUCAACUGACGGAAAUGGGCUUCCCCGAGAGUCGAGCAGUUAAAGCAUUGCGGCUGAAUCAUAUGUCUGUAACACAGGCCAUGGAGUGGCUGAUUGAGCAUGCAGAAGACCCAGCAAUUGAUGCACCAUUACCUGUUCCUGGAACAUCUGGAGGAAGGAGAGCAGCUGCAGAAGAGGCAAAGCCAGAAACAGUUCCUGAAACUUCCAAGCAAGAUGACCUGACUGACAUCUUCAAGAGAAUUAGGAGGAAACGGGAAUUUCGACCAGAACCCAGAGCAAUGAUUGCUCUCAUGGAAAUGGGAUUUGAUGAAAAAGAAGUAAUAGAUGCAUUGAGAGUGAAUAACAACCAACAAGAUGCUGCUUGUGAGUGGCUGCUGGGUGAUCGAAAGCCUUCCCCUGAGGAAUUGGAUAAUGGCAUUGAUGUGGAAAGUCCAUUAUUUCAAGCCAUUUUGGACAACCCUGUAGUACAGCUGGGACUGAUUAAUCCUAAAACACUGCUUGCUUUUGAAGAUAUGCUGGAAAAUCCACUGAACAGUACUCAGUGGAUGAACGAUCCUGAGACAGGCCCUGUGAUGCUACAGAUUUCUAGAAUUUUCCAGACAUUGAAUCGUACGUAGGACUUCCCCUUUUCUCCCCUGACACAGGUGCUUCCAGCUACACACCUGCAUCGUUGGGUAUUAUUUUCUGAGAAGAGCAAUUAUGGAUUGUUCACUGGUGGAGCCUGUUUGUACUUAAAACGUGAGAAGCUUGCAACUACAUCCACUUAACUACUGUUGCCUUUGGAUCUAAUGUUUAAGAACUAAGGUAUUUUAAUUUAAAGGAAUAGUUGUUAGUAAUUGCACAGAAUUUGAGACAUAAGAGAACACUUAUAAAAACUAAAUUUACAAUGGUAAUCCCACUUUGGGAAAAGGGCAACAUUUGUGUUGUUUGGCAUUUGGAUGUUUGUGAACAGCCAAAGAACAAAGGGUAAAAAGCUUGGGAUACACUAAACAGAUGUUUACUAUUAUUUGAAUUGCCUUGGUUUUUGAACCCUAUACCUCUUUAAAAGGGAGCGGAUGACUUUGAUAACAGGUGAACUGUACUGUUCCUUCAGAAAUGCACCAAAGCAAAUGUGGAAUGACCUUAAUGAGAGGUUUGAAGAUCUUGGUUAUCGAGGUUGUCAGUCCUUUGUGAGAACCUCAAAAUUCGCAGCAGCACACCAUAAAGGAGACAAUCCUGGAGACAGUAAUGAUGGCAAUAUUGAAAAUGUAAUCAUUGUAAUUGAAUAAGGUUUUCUUAUCACAUCUUUUACUCACAUGCAGGUUUGGCAUUUCCUUGCACCCUGUAACAUGAGGUCCAUCAUUCAAAAUACUCACAGUGCCAAAUAAGUCGAUUUUAGAGUAAAUAAUACUUCUCCCACUGCUUUUUUUUAAAGCAAAAUUCAUACAGUAAUGAAAGUACAUGGUUCCUUUGUAGCUUUGGAAGUUCUUUUUCACUAUAAGGUACUGAAUUAUUACUGUUGUGUAUAAGAAAUCUUUAAAUGCUGAUUUUUAUAGAUCGCUCUAUUUGGAGAACUUGUACAGUUGAGCUUUACUUGUGAUAUCCCUGGGUUUUCCAUGCACCAGCUUGUAACAUCUCUGGGGGACAAGGGGAAAAAUUAAAAUCCGUAAUUAUUGUGACAUACAAUGAUGAAUCCAUUCAAUGAAAUUGAUGAUUACCACGAACAAAUGAAAUUGUUUUGCUUUUAAGCUAGUUUUUCCAGUGGUGAGAUACUAAAAUUGUUGUUGGGGUUGAAUGCUGGAGCAAUCAUCUGUAUAUGAAAAGGAAAUGCUUUGGUUGCUGGGGUUUAACGUUACACCAGAACAUCUGUAAGUGGUAAGAUUUGAUACACUAUCAAAAUAGAGACCAAGCAUAAGAAGUGCUUUGGUCCCCAUAGAGUAAAAUCUGUUUUUGCUCUGAAAAAUACUUACAAAAUCACUAAACGUGAAGGCACAAGCAGUUCUUCCUGUUGUGCCCGGUUGUGUUUUAUAAGUGUUCUCCUUUCUUUAAAAUGUGUACUGAAACUAUCAGGAGGUACUGAUUCACAAUGUUAAUUUGUAGUUUGGAGUGUGAGACUACCAGUGCUUUUAAAAAUAGACUGAGCAAAGUGAAAAGUCUUUUCUGCAUUUAUAUUGGGUAAAAAGAUUAUCGAAAGGUUUUCAUUAAAAUGGGGAACUGUCUGGUUGCCACUUUUCAAUUUUCUACUGUUUCAUUUGAGAAGAUCUUCUCAUCCUCUCCAUCAUUACAAGGCAGACCAACUAACAUGUCUCUAUUGAUAUGGAAUAGAUUGGGUGGUUAGGGAAAUAGCUUUUACUGCCUGAAGUGCAGAUUUAAGGUGGUAUGGAGAAUAAUUGCAAUGCAGAAACUUCUAGCUAUAACUAGAGGAACUGAAGUACUUUAAUUGCAUAAUUGCUUACAUUGGGUUAAUUUCUGCCUUUCCUUAAUUCCAAAUGUUCCAGCGAUUCUGCUUAAGGUACAAAUUCAUGGCUCCUAGCAUUUUUGUGUGCCCUGCUGAAAAUGACAAACUUUUUAUGUGUAAAUCCAAUGAAUAGUAUCAGUAGGUAUUUUUGAUUCUUGCAGCAGAAGAAUGAAAGGUGAUAUCACUGCAUAGCACUUGUGUGUAAUUAAUUUCUCAAUUGUAGAAGUAUAUAGCUUUAUGAUAUGAAACUGAUUCAUACCAUGCCAACCAAAUAAGCAAUUAAGAAUAAUACCACUUGCCAGGUCUUGAUCCGCUACAUAUUGAAUGCUCGUCUUAGAGAUUCUCAUGUGGAGAGGGUCAUUUUAUCUCCACACCCUGUCAGAUUGAAUGCUCAAGAACUGGAUGAAAGAGAUUAUCCCUUUCAGUGCUAUCACAUCCUUCAUGACAUGAUGGCCAGAGCUGGAGCAGUACACCAGCUCAAACUUAAUUACUGUAUAAUCUUCACCAUGACCUUUUAUACUUGCUGUUGCCAGCAAUGGAAAAUACUCCACUUAUCAUCAUCACUUUAUUGCUUAGCUAAGCUGUUUUUUGGGAUCCACCAACAAAAUUGCCCUACCUGGUAUCUUACCAUUCGUUGGGUAUUUCCCACUUUGUUUGCACUCCUCCAAAGACAUUACCUUGCACUUCUACAGAUUGAAUUCCACGUCUCAGUUUGUUAGCAAUUUUUCAUUUGUGAAGGAACAAAAAUUCUCUGGAGAAUGACCUCAUUUAACACAUGAUGUGCUUACUGAGCAAUUGCUAUUUGUAUUCUGUCUGUGAUAGCAUACUGAGGGAAGCAAGUAAUUCAGGUUAUCAAUGCUUCAAUUCUCAGUUUAUGCUUACGGUAGCUACCAUAUACCUCAAUACAUACACUGAGAGAUUCUUUGAGAUAUAUGUGUAUGUGAAAGAAUCUCUCACUACUUUGUUGAAAAUGGGGCAAUAUAGUCCCUUCACUUGUGGAUGUGCCAUUCAUUCACUUCUAAUUCUAGAACAGAUAAUCAGAUGAUCACCCUACCUUAAUCACCCUGCAUUAAAUGAUUAUAAAUAGUAAACUCCUGCUAAAGACCCAUGCAAAAUUAUAGAAAUUUGAAACUGAGUCUAAGUUUUUUGCUCAUCUGUUUGAUCUGGCACCAUCUUUUUGUUAAAUGUAAGUUUUAAAAAAAUAGCUCCUCUAAACUUUGCCUUCCAGAAGAACAGUGUUUUAAGCAUGUCAUCACUGAAUGAUUAAUUUGCAUAAGGACUUUGAAAUAACGUACCUUUUUCUGUUGUUGCUAGCACUCCAUUUUAUACAAUUACUCUCCCAUUACUGCCAUUUAGAUCAUGAAAUUUCACCCUUACAAGCUUCACAAAUAACUAUCCAAAAAGUUUGAGAUUCAGAAUAAAAUUCAAUCACAGAAUUUGUGUGCAAAAGCAAAGUAAAUGCCUUUUUUUCCCAACUUGCGUUUCUUGAUACAUGUGUAGAUGAUUUGGCUUUGUGGUAUGGAAAAUUGUGAUGCAGCCUGUUUAUUUCUGGGAUUGCAACUGCCACUCGGUAUGUUGGGUUGCCUGACCUUGAGUUUGUAUUGUUUAGAUAAAGGUAGAGCUGAAUAAGGAAAAUCAAGACAUUACUAGACAAAUAAUUUUUAAAAAUGAUUCUACUACUGUGGAGACAAAGUAACCUCCCAAAAAUUGUAAUGGCUCUGUUUCCUUCCUGUCAAGUGAUAUGUAAUAGAAGAUAUUCAAUGGCUAUUGAUAUGUAGACUCUUAUUUCCGAGUUAUGCUUCUUUUAAAAUGUGAGUGAGUCACGCCUUCUGAUCUGUCCUCAUUUCUGUUUGCGUUUACCAUUGCACAGUGCAGAUUUCAAGUUAUUCGGAACUGCUGCCAAGAGCUUAUUGCAGCAUCCAUUUGCAGAAACAAACAUUUUUAAAAUUGACUAAUGAAAUCAGAAGGAAAGGAAAAUGUUGCUAAUCCACAGUGCAUCUGCAAGCUUGUGAAAAGCAGAUUAACUGAAGAGCCUGUUUUCACUUUUAGAUGCUGACACCUUGAUAGCAUAUUUUCCAGUCCUUAUUUGACUUCUAAUAUUAUUUAUAUUCUACCUUUUUAAAGAAGUGAUUCCAUUUUAAGAUUUUUAGCAAAUGGUAAUUUAUUUGUUAUUAUUAAAAUCAGCUGUGUGACAGAUAGAGGGAUUUUUUGAAUUAGAAGUUAUUUUGAAAUGCAUCUUACCUGUUUUUAAUAAUUCAAAUUUGAAUGAGAGUUUAAUGGCAAAUGACCAUAUGCAAUUUUUUAAAUGUAGACCUUCAGUCUAUAGAUUUGUGGGUUAUGUUAGUAAUACAAUGUAAUGCCUGUAUUGAGAUCAUUAUUUUAAUGUCUGCAUUGAGACUUAAUGGAAAUGGAGUGACCUUUAGCAGGAUUGGGCACUUAUCUUGGUUAAUGUGAUAUCAAUGUACAGAACUACGUGCUAGAGAGUGGGUGGUUUGACUGUAGCACCAAGAGGUGGAAAAGUAAAGGAUGUGGGAUGGUGAGAAUCGGUGUAGGUUGAUUUAUACAGUGGCAAAAAGAUGUGAUUUAGUGAACCUCAAAUAGUAACUGAUCACUGAGAGUGUCAUGCUGGAGUCUUUUCAUGCUUGUUUUUUUUACUCAGUUCUUUUCCAAACAUACUUAAGCAAAGCAAGGCCUUGUUCAUACUGUUGGUCUUUCACUACUUCUAUUCUUGUCUGCUUUCUAACUGUUACAACCAGCAAUAAUAUAAUUUCCCUCAUAUCUUCGAGGCUUCAAGUAAAUGCAAUCUUCCAAACUUGCAUUCGCCCCUACCACUGCAGAUAUGCCAGCUCCCCAUGUGAUGCUGAUGUUUUGUUUUACCAGAUCUUCAAGAGUCACAAUAUGGGCUCAAUAUUACCACUUGUUGACAUCUAGUGCUUGUUAAGUUGUCUUUCUUGAUUCAAUCUGUAGUUUGGGCCUUUCUUUUUGAUUGGAUUCUCAUUUUAUGAUGUGUAAUGUAGACGCUCUCUUUCCUGCAUUAAUUUAAAUAUUUGUUUUUCUUGUACCCUUUUGGAGAAUGCCCAAAAACUGCACCAAAAGUUGGCCCUUGCAGAAAUAUUACCUCAUAAAAAUGAAAAUUAAUUAAAUAUAAUUCCAAAGGCAAAUUCUGUUAGAGUAGUGAAGAAUUAACUUUAGCUAGAGUCAUAGAGUAUCUUGCUUUAUUUCUGGUUUAGAUGAAAUGCUUUAGCCAAUAUCCCUGCCAAUAUUUAUCUUUUAAUCAAUAUAUAUUAAAAAGUUGAUUAUUUGGUCACUUCAGUUUGCUGUGAGAGCUUGGUAUUAAUAAAUUAACUGCCACAUUUCACAUGAUAAAAUAAUGACUGGUCCUGAAAAGUACUUGCAUUGUGAAAAGCACUAUACAGUAUAAUUGCUAGGUCAUUUUGCUGCUGUCAUUGUACUGGGCCUGAGCUGUGGGGAAUACACUGAAUUCCUGCAAGUCAAUUACUGUUUUGAAAGGUGACUAAUAAAAACCAUCCAAACUGUAAUGUUCUGCUGAAAUAGGUGAGGGUAAAUACCUUCAUAUUGAUAAAUUGCUUAACAUUUCUUUCAAGUGAGGUAUUUCAAUUCUUUGCAAUUAGUUACAGGUCACAAAAUAUUUCUUUCAGACUACCAGUGUUCCCUUUAAACUGCACAGGUGAAUGGCUGUGCAUUAACUGAAGUGUUCCUGUGCAGAUAGACCUUGUUGCAGCAUGGCUGGAAUUUUCUUUUGUAUAGAGUGCCUUGUAGAAAUAUUCAGCCCCCAACCCUUUGUUCAUCUUGAUGAGUAUUACAAUAUAACUGAGUAUUUUUAUUUGUGAAUCAUAAGCUUGUUCCUUUUGUCACAGUAGAGCCCAAAAAAUAGAAACUUGUAAAGCAUGAAAAACUUAAAUUCGAAACUGAAAUGUCAGCAGUUUAAAAGUAUUUAUCCCCCUUUGCUCAGUACUUAUUUGAACCAGCCCUUGCAGCUAUUAUAGCCUGUAAAUUUUUUGGAUAAGUCUCUAUUAGCUUUGCACAAUGUGAUAGAGCAAGAGUUUCCCAUUCCUUUUUUGCAAAAUUACUCAAGCUGUGCCAGAUUAGUUGGGGAGCAGCAGCAGACAGCAAUCAUGAGGUCUUGCCAAAGAUGUUCAAUUGGGUUGAAGUCAGGUCUCUGACAGGGCCUCUCAAGGAUAUCAAUUUUCUUCAUUUGAAGCCACUCCAUGGUUGCUCUGGCAGUGUGCUAUGGGUCAUUGCCCCACUGAAAGACUAACUUUCUCCCCAGUUUAAGCUUUUGGCAGAGGCUAGUAGGUUUUUAUCCAGGACCUCUCGCUAUUUAGCAGCAUUCAUCUUCCUAUCAAUCCUGACCAGAUUAACAGUCCCUGCUGCUGAAAAAGCAUUCCCAUAUCAUGACGAUACGUCCACCAUACUUUACAAUAGGGAUGGUUUUCCUGGCUGAUGUACAGUUUAUUAGAUUUAUGUCACACACCACUUAGUGUUGAGACCAAAAAUUUCAACAUAAAUCUCAUCUGACCGCAACACCUUUCUCCACAUCUUUACAGUAUCAACUGACUGAUGCUUUGCAAAGUUCCUACAGGUAAAGAUGUGCUUUUUUUAAGCCAGGGCUGCUUUCUUGCCACUCUUCCAUAAAUAUCCUUUUGGUACAAGGCCAUAGCGAUUUUGGAACUAUGAACUUCAUUUCCAGUUGCAGCCACUGACUUCUGCAGUUCACUCAGAGUGACUGUUGGCAUCACAGUAACUUCUCUAGCAAGUGCCGUUCUUCUCUGGCAAAUAAGCUUAGAGGGGUGGUCUAACCAGGCAAUGUGGCUGUGGUUUCAUUUUGUUUCCUCUGUUUCUCAAUGGACUGAGUUCUGAGGAAUGUUCACUGUCUUUGAGAUGGUCUUGUACCCGGCCCCAGAUUUGUACUUUUCUAUUACCAUUUCCCUUAUUUGUUUUGAAAGCUCUUUUGUUUUCAUUUUGGUUUAGUCUUUUGAAAAUCUGGUGUACUGCUGAACCCUACAGAUUCAUUAAUAAUGAAUUAAUUGAAAAACAGGUGAUCCUCCAAUUUUCUACAUCAACUAAUUGGGUGAAUUGGUAAGGUAAUGUAUGGUAUUGCAUCUGAGGAAAGUUAGCAUAGUAAUUACAAAGGGGUGAAUACUUUCUUAGCCUUAAAAUUGGUUUUUAAUUUUUAGUAAAUUGUUGACAGGUAUUGGAAUCUUUCUUUUGUUUUAACAUGAUGCAGUUUAGCUCAAAAUGAAUCCAAAAUAUUUUAAAUUUAGAAAAUGAGACAGUAAAAUGUGAGAAUAGUUGUGGAGGUUGAAUACUUUCAAGGCACUGUAAUAUUAAAAAUUGAAAUCUGUGUUAAUAUCAUUGUGAAAUACCCUGUAAUUGGUAAUUAAUAUAUAUCCAUAAAUUUUCUAAAUAAUAAACUUAAUGCAACCUUUGAAACAUUUUGGAGCAUCAAUGUAUUUAUUUUGUCAGUAUUUCAAGUUACAAGACUGUUGAAACCUGAAACACUGAAAUUGUAGCAAUAAACACAGAAUAGAAAUGAGUAGCUCAUUGUUAAUAAGCCACCAGUCUGCCAAAUGCUACCUUCUGUUCAAAACAUUUUAAUUUUGUAUUGUGCCUUAUCGGUUGUUUGAUUGUUUGACAUCAAUUACUUAUGUUUAGGAAACAUUUAAAGUGCUGUGCAGUUUUCAGGCUGUGUUUAUAUUUGGGGGGGGGGGGAAUCCUGCUCAGAGCAAUGUUUGGACCACAAAGAUGUGUAUUUAAAAAAAAGAUAAUAAUAAUUAGGAAAUUAGAGGCAAUGUUGCCGACCACCAUAUCCCACUCCUGAAAUGAUAGGAUUGGUUAAUACACUCUGUUAUGUUCAUUAUUAAAAUUUAAAUUUGCCACAAGAAUUCCAAACUUUGAAUUAUUUAUACUUGGAGUUAUUGAAUUGUACCAAAUAGAGUUGUAUAGCAGAGAAAUAGGCCAUUUAGUCACACUAUGGUCACCAACAUAACAUUGCUGUCAACUUGCUGAGUUUCUACCAACAAUAGUGAUUACAUUUCUAAAUAUAUCAGUAGAUACAUGUGGUUGAAGGCAUCCUGAGAUUUUAAAGGGGCUCUGUCAAAAUCCAGUUUGCAGAUAUUUAAUGGUUCUCUUGAUUAUUCAGUUUGAUGACUGAAAAAUAAAAGAACACCUAAGAUUGUCAGUGGAAGAGAUCCCUGCUGAAAGGUACAUUUUUAAAAUAUAAAUUGACAAAAAAGGAUGUAUUUACGGCUAGGUGUUGAAUUGUUCAGUGGUUUCUCUAAAUUUUCUGUUUGUAGCUAAAUUCACUGGUUGCAUGAUACUGAGUAUUAAUAUUAAAUGUAAUAAAUGGAUUGUUUAUUAAUGCCCAUUACCUGGAAAGGACAAACCUUUUUGUACACUAGCUGGGUUUGUAAUUGAUGAAAGAUGGUGGUGUACAGUCUGGAGGUGUAUUUGCUAUUAGUGAUGUCUGUUGCCUUGAGCUUUCUAUUUCCAUCCCUUCUCAAAGGAAUUUGGGCAACUUGCUGAGUUUGCUUUGAGAUAUCCUAUUUGAACGUUCAAAAAUUGUGCUUUCUGAUAUCCCUAUGUGAAAGUUUCUAGGAUGUAAGUUUGCUACCACAACCCUGGAGGAAGAAAUGAAAAUUAUCUAGUGGGAUUCCCACUAAUAUUUGCAAUCUGUUAAAACUGAUUCAAGUUUCUGUUGUGAGCUCUGUCACAGUCAUUUCUGUGAUUCUCCCUCAGCCAAAUGACUGUGCUAUCACCUUGCAGCAAGUUACAUCAUUAUGUAGCCUCAAAAUUGGUCCUCUUGCCAAUUCUUUCUAGUAAUUUGUCUAAUUCAUACAGAAAGUAAAAGUCAAGGAGGCAUCUAUUUAUCACCUGAAUAUUAUUCACUGACUGCUCGUGCUGUGAUGCAGAACAUUAGAAACCAAAUUCUCUGUAGUGUUACUGCUUUAUUUACAUCUAAACCAAACUCAGUGAAUCAUUUAGAAUAGCUAACUUGGAUAUUUAUAUAUUUUUAUCAGUGAUAUACAUGCAUUAUGAGAAUCUGAAAUGUUCCCUGUGAAAACGCUACGUCAAUUUAUUGUAAAACUCUCAGUUGAAAACCAUUGCAGUUCUGUGAAUAGCCUUUUUGAAUUAGAAUGUGUGGCUGGGACUUCCCUUGCUCUCUCAGAUCUGGUAAAUUUCCAGAUAAGUUAAAAUAUGUAAUCAUAACCUUACCAUUUUCAUUCUUACAAUUAAAGAAUAUCGAGUCAGAAUGAUUUUCCUUCUAAUUUAAGAUGGAUAUCCAGUCUAAUGCAGAAGUCUAUAUAGAUUUAGAUGUUUUUCUUACUGAGAAUGUGAUAUAUCUGUCAAAAUUUAAGACUAUUUUCAUUUCUAGAUGAAUUUAUUUUCGAAGUGAAGUCUCUAUCUGUAAAGCAAAGAGUUCACAGGGAUCUUGCAUUGAAAGCAGGAUACUCUCGUAUGUCUGAAUUCCAUCACUAACUCUAGUUUUUCACUUUUUGACCCAGUAUGUGCCAUCUGCACUUUCUGGAUUUGCAUUGAGAAGAGAGACUUGCUAAACUUGUAACCUUCACCGGUUUCUAGUUAAUAAUUACCAUCACAGCAACCUUCUCUGCGUUCAUACUGGUCACUUUGUAUGUGGUAUAUGCAACUGUGUUGAUCAAAUAUAUAUCUGUAUUACAUGGUACACUUAUCAAUGGGGAAAUAGAAUUUGGACUCGUAUUAGCUAAGGGGCUUGGUUCCUCAUUUGUCAGUCAGUCAAAAAGAUAGUUGUGUACAGUACAUCUCAAUCUUGCAGUAGUAUUUGCCACUUUCUGCCACUCAUCUCAAACCUUUAGUUAUUUUACAAACUAUCCCAUGGAUGUUAGAAGCACUAUUGUUUGUUUCAUUUGAUUUACAGCAAUGUUUUUACCUGAAGAAGAUGCAGAUGGGACAAAUGCAUUUGAUCAUCUCUGUGGCAGGCAACGUGUAGUGUUGUUUUGACUUUGGGUUUAAGUUGAUCUCAUGAUUUGAACUGAAGAAUUAUUUAAUUUCCUUGCCAAUCUAAUUGCGCUGCUUUUGUUUUAUUUUUGAAAGAUACCAGCUCUUCAUAAUGCCCUCCUCUGCUGUUUGAAAGUGACAUCCUCAGAUAGUGACCCAGAAUAUUUUUCAGCAGUGUAUGAUACACUUCCCUCGAUGUAUUAGAUGAUUAGAGGUCAAAUGCAGCCACUCUAUUUCAAAUCUUCAGCAUUCUCAAGUUAAUCUAUUGUUUGUAAUGGACAUAAUUGAUGUGACAAUUUGAUGUGGGAGAGGUUGAGAUGAUGGACAAAGUAUUGGAGAGAGAACAUAAGGGCUUGGAUUAGGGUGCAGUACAAACAUGCUAUAUUCAACCAAACUCUUAAACUGGUGCUGCAUCUAUUGAAUUGCAGUAUGUCCCCUCUUACUUUUUAUCAGGAUUGUGGUCUAUGAUGUUCAACUUUUUAGUUCAGGGUAAAACUGUGAUUAUACAUCUUGUCAGUUUUGCUUUUUACUGCAAUACAGAACUUGUAGUGAGAAGCAGAAUGGAGCAUUCAUUUUAAUGUAAAUGUAAACUUACCAUGACUUUUAUUGUCUCUGGUCAUUGUCAUUGACACAUCAGCAAUCAAACGAAUAGAGUUUAGUGGCAGAGUUAUGGAAUCUGAUCAUUUUAACUUGCUAAUUGUGCCAUUGAUUUGGCUGGUCAGAUUCCUUAGCUCUGUCAGUAAACUCUUCAGCUGUACUGCAACUUUGAUCUCUGUUUACACCCCCAUUUUUCAAAAUCUAGAACAUUAGUUCUAAAUUAUACAGCUGUUAAGAGCCAUGUUAUCAGCAUAUAAUGUUGGAAUGUUAUCAGUUAAGACUAGUUCUGUAGGGCUUCUGGGUGGUUACUAGAGCAUCAUCAAAAUUCACAUGCCCAAUAUCUUCACGAGUGUCAGUUAUUGGGGAAGGAAAGCGAAUUCCGAUCUUGCAUCCUUAUGAGAAUUAUCUAUUGACUGCAGAAAUAGCAUCCAGAAUAUACUCUGCUAUGUACCUCAAUGUUGAUGGUUUGUUUUGUGGAUAUGGCCAAGUUUUCUGCAAACUGUAGAAAAUGAAAGAAAGAUACUUUAAAAAAAAAGGUGUGAUGUUAUUAUUGUCUGACUGCCUUGGGCUGACCUGAACCAACUUUUAGGAAGAUAGACAUAUUGAACCUCUUCACCAGUUUUAUAAUCUUGUACUGAUUGGAAGCUGGUUCAAGAUAGAGGCCUGGUCAAUGUAUUCUUCUUUCAUUUUCAAUGUUGUCCUAUGGAGAAGAGUACAGAACUUUGGGUCAGGUAUGGCUAAGCGAGAUUAAUUAGAUUACAUUUUUAAAGAGUUUGAUAUAUUAAACGGUAUUGCAAGAAUACACAAUUUUCAGAAUCUAGCCCUGCAAGAUACUACAAAAAUGAGUUAACAGAAGGAAGAGAAGUUUGAGCCAGGAAGAGAGGUGAGAGCUGACAUUGAUUUCUUUAGCCCAACCCACUUACACGGUCUUUGUAAUGAAAACAGCAGAAGAUAUAAAUCUGCUAUCAUUAGGUCUGAGCAGAUUAAGUUCAUAGUCUAAUUAAUGUCAGGUUUCAGUUCUGCAUAUGAGGAUUUAAUAUAAGAAUCAUUUUGAGGCGAAGCAAUCUCAACUAAACUCUCUUCAUUUAUUAACUGCAGUCUGCUGUAAUUUUCCACAAAGUAUAAUUUGCAAUGCACACUCCAGCAUUCAUGCCAAUCCAAAAUCUACAGAUAUCAAGAAACUAGAGAAUUCUGACUAACGCUGGUUAAUUGUGUCACAGUCUAUUAUGCUGCAAUUCUGGUUGUAUCUGGUGGACAAGGGAAAAGUGUGCAUUAAAGCAUUCCUGUUGUUCUGCAGUUUUUAAUAGAGUAUUACUACACAGGGUUUCUGUAGACCAAUGCAGCUCUUUGUGAAAAUACAUUGCAAUUCUGUGUUGCAUCUCUCUUUUCUGUGUUCUGAUUAAUUGCAAUUGCUUGUAAAACAGCCCUCGAUUGUCAAAAGUUGUUCCUUCCCAAGUCAGACUUGGCACAAUUUCUCCCAAUUUCCUGUACUUAUUUGGAGUGACUGUGAACUGGUUUUGUGGAUUGUGAAGUGCACAGUUCUGAUACUAAUGUGAACUGAUUUCAGGUUGACAAAAUGUUUGGAAUUUAUUUAUUUGCAAUAAAAGAUUUAAGCGUC